AUGCCUCGACUAACCGCAGAGCAGAGGGAGGGAGCCAUCGGUAUGUUGCAAAUGGGAGGGACACAGGAGCACGUUGCCAGGAUCAUGGGCUGCUUCAAGUGCACCAUCGCCAGACUUGUCACACGUCACAGGCAAACUGGCAGUACUGCAGACAGGCCGAGGAGUGGAAGACCCAAGGUCACGACCCCACAGGAAGACCGGUAUUUACGGGUGCUUCUCCCAAUGUCCACAUUCCUAACUGUGACGUCAUCAUCUGCAAACAGCCUUGGACAUCCAGUCAGCUGGAGGACCGUUGCUAGACGACUCCGCCUGUAUGGUCUCCGUGCCUAUCGACCUUUCAAGGGCAUGACACCGACAUCACAGACUGAGAUGGGCCAGGACUGUACAGCAGUGCCAGAAGAGAAAUUGGCGAAGAGUGCUCUUCGGCGACAAGAGUAG